AAUCUCAUUUAGCUUCAGAGUUCUUUGACUCAUUUCUGUUUCUUUCUCUUCAAGAAUCCUCUUGCCCCGCAUUCUCUGUUCCUACCAAUCUAAACCCACGCGGUUUCAAACCAUGAUUGCGCCAAGGUGUUUGACAAAAAGCGUGAGACAAACAUCAUUCCUCGGCCGGUUCCUUAUAAUUACCUAUCAUUCCUCGGCCGGCUGAAACCCCUACACGGCUACAUGCCCCUUUCCUCUGUCCCCGUCCCUCACACGCCCACUUUUGUUUAAAAAAGAGAGCGCUUUACCGGUUUGUGCUUAUUUAUCUAUAAAACCCUGUUUUACAUUACACCCACCAUCGUUAAACACGCUUUUUGCUUCGCCGGUUGACGUCGUGAUCCGUGCAUUCUUUUUCUGUGGCACCAACGAAUCCCAAAAGAAUUGUUUUUCCUGUUGUUUGGUUUAUUAUUUUGAUGGGCACGCAAACUUCCUAGCUGUAAAGGCCCACUGUUGCCGACACUGCCCCAGUUGACUGAGUGGGACUCGGUUUCUGUUCUGUUCCUUGUUGGUAUCUUUGUUUCCUUUUUUUAUUGGAAGAAUAAUUUCUAGGUCUCCAACCAGAAAUGAAGAAUUGGACUUGGUAGAGAGAGAGAGAGAGAGAGAGAGAGGGUCUCUCCUUCCGCUCAGCCAUGGCUCCCGCAAGGAAGGUUUCUGAGUUUCGUCGAGAAGGCAAUGGCUGGUUCUGCAAUUCUGGAUUGCCUAGCGAUAUUACUGUUGUGGUUGAGGGCGUAAACUUCCAUUUGCACAAGUUUCCUCUCAUAUCAAAAUGUGGGAAGAUGGCAAAAAUACAUGAAGAAUCCCAAAGUACCCGUGAGAAGAUUUUUACCACAGUGCUGGAAGAAUUUCCUGGUGGCCCUGACACUUUCUUGAUUGCAGUUAAGUUUUGCUAUGGUGUCCGUCUUGAAAUGACACCAAGAAACAUAGUAAUGGUAUACUGUGCAGCAGACUAUCUUGAAAUGACAGAUGAGUAUGGAGAAGGUAACUUAAUAUCUAAGUCAGAAAGUUUCUUUCAUAAGAAUAUACUUCGUAACUGGAAAGAUUGUAUUUUGGCUCUUCAAAGUUCUGAGCCUGUCAUGUCAAGGGCUGAAAAGCUCCAGAUAUUGAGCAAAUGUUUUAAUGCUCUAUCUAUGAUGGUUUGUACGGAUCCUAGUUUGUUUGGAUGGCCCAUGAUGAUGUAUGGUAGUUUGCAGAGCCCUGGGGGAAGUAUCUUAUGGAAUGGAAUAAACACGGGGGCUAGAAUUAGAAGCUCAGAAUCUGACUGGUGGUUUGAAGACAUCUCAUAUCUUAGUGUUAGUUUGUUUGUGAGACUUAUUAAGACAAUGGAAGGAAGAGGUAUAAGACCUGAAAACCUAGCUGGUGCAGCAAUGUACUAUGCCAGAAAGUACCUACCUGGUCUAGGCCGAUGGCAGGGUGGACAAAGUGGCAAAACCAGGACAGUUGCAAGUUUUAGCUUGACACCUGCUGCGGUGGAUCAAAAGGAUCUAUUGGAAAGCAUUGAGAAGCUUCUGCCAGCAAAGAAAGGCAAAUCCUUUUGCCGUUUUUUACUGGGACUUCUUCGUGUUACAUUGAUAUUGGGUGUCACUCAUACAUGCAAGGAUUCUUUAGAGAAGAGAAUAGGAAUGCAAUUAGAACUGGCAACUCUUGAUGCUCUUCUGAUUCCAACUUAUUCUGAUUCUGAUACAUUAUAUAAUACUGACUGUGUUGAACGGAUCAUCCAUCAUUUUAUGUCUUCCGAGUCAUUUAUAACAUCAUUUUCUCCAUCAUCAUUUGACCUGGAAACCUCACCAUCAUCUGGGCCGUUAAGAAAAGUUGCAAAGUUGAUAGACAGCUAUAUUGCAGAGGUUGCUUCUGAUGUGAAUCUGAAACCAGGAAAGAUCCGCUCUAUUGCUCAGGCCCUCCCAGAAUCUUCAAGACCUUUGCAUGAUGGGCUAUACAGAGCACUGGAUAUAUAUUUCAAGGCGCACCCUUGGCUUUCCGAGAAGGAGAAGGAAGAACUCUGCAAUGUCAUUGACUACCAGAAACUAUCCAUUGAUGCCUGUGCUCAUGCAUCCCAAAAUGAAAGGCUGCCACUUAGAGUUGUUCUUCAAGUUCUGUUUUUUGAGCAAAUGCAGCUAAGAACAGCGCUAGCUGGUUGUCUCCAUGUACUGGACACUGAAAGUGCCCCUGCAGGUCCUUUGACUGUCCCAGGUGACAUGGCGGGCCAGAUUGUACAGAGGGAUGGUUGGGUAACAGUAGUACGUGAGAACCGGGUUUUAAAGGUUGAUAUGGAAAGGAUGAGGUCUAGAGUCGGGGAACUUGAGGAAGAAUUUAGUAAAAUAAAACAAGAGAUGAAAAAGGUGACAAAAUCACAUAGUACCCUUAGUUCUCCUCGUUUGGUUGUGAAGAAAAUUGGAUGCAAGCUUGUUCCAGGAUCCUCGGAUGCUCAACCAGAUACUGUUGAAAGCACUGGACCCACUCCAAGACCGUCACUUGAGCAGUUGCGUCUUUCACGCAAUUCCAGACACCGGAAAAGCUUCUCUUUGUUUUGAAGGCAUUAUUAGCAAGGAAGCUGAUUAAAACUUGUCAAAGAAGAAAAGCAAGGAAGCUGAGAUGAUGGGAUCUUCAUACAUAGAGGCUCUUUGGUCCCGAAUGUGCGAGGGAAAGGGAAGGAAAAUGUUAAAAUUUGCUUCUGUUUUUUAGCAUUUUUUUAACUGAUUGAGCAUUUUCCUUUUCUUUCCUCCGCUGAAUCUGGCACUAUUUUCAAAAGGGCAGUUGAAAAAAGAGAUCCCACUCUUGCACCACAGAAUUGUUUCCUGAGUGCUUGGCAGCAGACUGUAGAAUUGUUUAAGUUAUCUUUCACAUUUCAUAGGUUAGGGGGUUGGUCCUAGGCUUAAAGAAUGAACCAGGAAAUGAAUAUUUUGCCAUUGAAGAUGAAAUACUGGCCCAUCUGAAACUUGGACACAUACUUGUGGAUUCCAUAGAAGUAAAUACACCAAGUCAACAGUUAUAUAUGUUAUUUUGUCUUUGUUGCUUACACAUUUACAGCACUGUAAAUCAAGUUGUAACUCUGUCAAGCAUUGGGAAGAUAAGUAAAGGUAUGUGUUUUCAUUGUCUGAACUUGCAAAUGAACCUACUUCUGA